GCGGCUCACACUCAUGAGGAGCCGGAAGCUCACAGGUGCAGUGCGGUCCUCAGCGCGCCUCCGAGCACGCUGUUGCUCAGCCAGGUUGGCCUCUGCUAGGGAAGCCGGCACCGCCACGUCUGCCAGGACGGUAUGUCAGACCUCGUCACACAAAGCUGCCGACAGGCGAACUUCUAAGAAGUUCAAGUAUGACAAAGGUCAUCUCGUUAAGGCAGAAUUACAGAAACUGGUCCCUAAGAGCGAUAGUGCUGCUUUGCCCAAAAUACCACCCGAGAGCCCUUGUAACAACGAGCCUCUGGGGUUUGCUGAAGACCACGUGCCGCCUGCAGGAAAGGGAACUGGUGCUCCCGCACAGCCGGAGACCGCGGGGCCCCUCCUCGGGCCCCGCACAGCUGUGGGCGACCCUGGCCCGGCAGAGACUGAAGACGGCCUGUGCCUGCCCGCCCUCGGGGCUCUUACAGGGGAGGAGCCGCAGGGCAGCCGCGCGGCGCGGGGCGGCUCAGCGCUGCAGGGGGAGCAGGCCCCGAGGCCCCCGCUGCAGACAGAUGACAGCGUCUUUCUGGACGAGGACAGCAACCAGCCGAUGCCGGUGGGCCGGUUCUUCGGGAAUGUGGAGCUCAUGCAGAACCUCCCACCGGCGUCUUCGUCUUGUCCUUUCGAUGAGCAGGCGAGAAUUCAGGAAAAUGCAUUUCAGAGCCAAAGAUGAUGAAGAUGACGAUGACGGCGCAGAAAUGUAGAGAAUAAAGUACGUGGUGAUUUCCUUGCAUAUUUAAUACAGUUAAUAGUUUGACAGUUUAGCAAGUGACGAGAUUUAUAUCAAG